AACCAAACCACAAAUCGUCCGGGAGAGGCUGGCAUGGCAACUUGGACAAAGUUAAGGUGACGGUUCAGUGGAAAUACUCGAGUUCAUCCGUGGGACAUGUUGAGCUUCUCUCCGGAUCCUUCAAAAUAAAAUGGGAUCGUCAUUGCCAUCAGCUGUUCUGUUGGCCCUUGUUUUCCUCACAACAAAAGUGACACUCUGUACAGGAAGUAAUAAAUGUGUUGCGAAAAACUUUGGCUAUGACUCUGUGGUGUGUGAGUGUAAUUCAACCUACUGUGACAGUGUGGGGUCAGUCACCCUCCCUCCUCUGGGACAGUACCUCUCCUACCUGAGCAGCAGGGCAGGCAGCAGACUAGAGGCAGGCCGGGGUCAGAUCCAGGUGACCAGCACUGGAGCAGGCCUCAGGCUGACUAUCAAUCCCUACCAGAAGUAUCAGAAGAUCAGGGGGUUUGGUGGAGCGAUGACAGAUGCAGCAGCUAUCAACAUCCUGUCUCUUUCUGCUGGAGCUCAGGACCAGCUGCUUCGACAGUAUUUCUCCCCUGAAGGUAUUGGCUACAGUGUGGUGCGUGUACCUAUGGCCAGCUGUGACUUCUCCACCCGUCUGUACACCUACGCUGACACACAUGGAGACUACAACCUGGACAAUUUCACGCUGGCUCCUGAGGACAUCAAAAUGAAGAUCCCUCUCUUGCAGCGUGCACAGGCCUUGUCUCCUCGGCCCCUGUCCUUGCUGGCUAGCGCCUGGAGCGCCCCUGCCUGGAUGAAAACUAAUGAUGCACUCACAGGAAAGGGCUCCCUGAAGGGCCAGCCAGGGGGCAAAGAGCAUAAAACCUGGGCCCAGUACUACAUAAAGUUCCUUGAGGAAUAUGCCAAAUAUAACUUGACCUUCUGGGCACUGACCACAGGGAAUGAGCCUUCUGCAGGGCGGAUGACAAACUACAGUUUCCAGGCUCUGGGCUUCACUCCUGAGGAGCAGAGGGACUGGGUGGCCUUGGACUUGGGCCCUGCCCUGCACGCUUCAUCAUUCCCGCACACACACGUCCUCAUACUGGAUGACAACCGCCUGCUGCUGCCUUACUGGGCUAAAGUGGUCCUAAGUGAUGUUCAUGCUGGAAGGUACAUUCACGGUGUGGCAGUCCACUGGUACAUGGACGGCCUUGUCCCAGCAGAGAUAAGCCUCGGAGUCACACAUCACCUCUACCCAGAGUAUUACCUGUUUGGCACUGAGGCCUGCUCUGGCUGGAGCCCACUGGACAGAGGGGUGAAGCUGGGCAGCUGGGACAGAGCUGAACAUUACGCACAUGAUAUUCUACAGGACUUAAAUCAUUAUGUGGUCGGCUGGACUGACUGGAACCUGGCGUUGGACCAGACUGGUGGGCCUAACUGGGUUAAAAACUUUGUGGACAGCCCUGUGAUAGUGGAUACAAAGCGAGACGUCUUCUACAAGCAGCCACACUUCUACAGCAUGGCCCACUUCAGUAAGUUCCUGUGGGAGGGAUCUCAGAGAGUGGGUGUAUCUGCUAGUGUCGAAACACACCUGGAAUUCUCUGCUUUCAUCAGACCAGACGGCUCAGUGGUGCUCAUCAUACUCAACAGGUCGUCAUCAGAGAUCCAGUUUGAAGUCUGGGAUCCUGCUGUGGGCUACAUCCCCUGCACCGCUCCGGCUCACUCCUUACUCACACUUGCUUGGAACACACACUGAUCACGAAUCCCAUACAUUUCUUUCACUUGAAUGUAAGCUUUUACAGCUGGAACAUCAGCUUAAAGAAAGCAGUCAUUACACUGGGUACUUCAGUAUCACGCACAUUUUUUUAAAUGAACAGAUACAAAAUGACUAUGCGGUACCAUUCAGCACAGCUUUUGUGAUCUCAGCAGCCACUUAAAUUAACCUUUUGCAAACUAGAGCAACCUCACCUCAUGGUUUCUUUAUCAUCCUAAAAAUGUUUUUUUUGCACUGAUUUGUAAUCAGGAAAAGUCAUGAAUGUAUAAACACCACAGUGACCUGUGCUGAAGUUUAACUGGUGCCUUUUGGAUUUUUAACUAAUCAGAUGCUUGAAGUGUCCUUUUAUUUCUAAGGAAAUCCUAUAAAUAAUGUACAGUUUGUAAAUGCCUUUCACUGUUGCUAUUUAAUUUGAUAAUUUUAAAUAAAGCACAUA